AUGGCUCAAGAGAAAAUGGAGCUGGACCUGGAGCUGCCGGGGGAGUGCGCCGGCCCCGAGCGACGUGGGGAGCUUGAGGAGAUCGAACAGCGCCCCCUCAUCCACGGGCUGAGUGAUAAUUCGCAGGUUUUUCAGCCUUAUGUGUUGCGAACCCGCAGGAACAGUACAACGGUUAUGAACCGUCACAGUAUGUUGCUGUCAUCAUCUCCAGUUCGAAUUCCUAGCAGCAGACUUCAUCAAAUCAGAAGGGAGGAAGGAGUGGAUUUAAUGAACAGAGAAACAGCACAUGAAAGGGAAGUGCAAACAGCAAUGCAGAUAAGCCAGUCAUGGGAGGAAAGCUUGAGUCUGAGUGACAAUGACUUGGACAAGUCCGAGAAAUCUUCCUCUCCAAAGAGAAUAGACUUCAUCCCAGUUUCCCCAGCACCUUCACCCACUCGAGGAAUAGGGAAGCAAUGUUUUUCACCAUCCUUACAAAUGUUUGUGAGUAGUAAUGGAUUGCCUCCAAGUCCUAUUCCUAGUCCGACAAGGCGAUUCUCAAACAGGAGGAGUCAGAGUCCAAUCAACUGUAUCAGGCCCAGUGUUCUUGGUCCCAUUAAAAGGAAAGGUGAAAUGGAAACUGAAAGCCAGCCAAAGAGACUUUUCCAAGGAACUACCAACAUGCUUUCUCCUGAUGUUACACAUCUGACAGAUUUCAGUUCAUGUUUGUCUUCAGAUAUUCUCGAUAGGAGUAGCAGCAGUAUUGGUUCUUCCUCUGAUUCACUGGCUAAAGGUAGCAUUACCACAGAAUCUCCAGUAACAUGCUCAAACUCAUGCUCUUCUUUCAUUUUGAUGGAUGAUCUCUCACCUAAGUGACUUAAUCUGUUCUGACUCAGUGUUUGGCUGUGCUGUUUCCUUGCUGUACAUUUCUACAGAGAAAUGAAGAACUCCGAUCCUUUAAUCUUUAACAUGAGGAUUAAAAUACUAAUGGAAAAUUAAUGUAAUCUUAUUUCUUGACAACUCUUCCCAAUGGUUUUGAUUUAGCCUUAAUGGACACUUUAGACCUUAUUAAUGUCUGGUUUUGAUUAUUUUACAAACAAGAUGUCUUCAGUUUAUACUAACUCUUCUUCUUUGUUUUAAAGAAAAAACCUUUUGAUUCUGGAAUAGGCAUCUUUUUACAAUAUUAGUGUUAUUGUUUCUAGGAAAAUACUGUGUACUGUUAUUGUCAUGGUCACUUUGUCUGGAGAAACACAUGGUGGUUACAGAGACGUUUGGAAAUACUCAUUUACCUUUGACAUACUUUUUAGUAGUAAAUUAGAUUUCUCUAGAUUUAUUUCAUAAACAAUUUCUGGUUGGGGUAAAUAUCUAAUUUCUCCCACUAACUCAAAGUAAAAUUAUUCUUCCCACUCUAUAGUUGCAGCUAUCCCCAGCCAUUUCUCCCGCAGAAAGGGAAGAAAUGCUUGGCUGUCUCUCGUGCUACUGGUAAUUGCUUCAUUGCAGUUGAACACUAUGGUUCUGGAAGUUGGUUGUAUUUAAAACAAAACACAGACACUUCUAGGGUGACUAGCAUAUUUAUCAAUAGGGGAAAUACAAAUAACCUGUAUGAAACAUGGUUAACAUAACUGCAUAGUUCUCUUCCCACACCCUUCAUCCAGGAGAUUCUGUGGAAGAUGGUAAAUACUCAAAUAUUUGGCCAAGGAGAAACAAUCCCUGCCUUGAUCUAAAAUGCAUGGUGCAAGUAACUUAGUUACUUAAACUACUGAGGAAAGAAGAAUGUGCAUGGCAUCAUCAGUGUCUCCUGUGGCAUUGAGGCCAUAGGUAUUUUUGUGCCUUAGGGGACAUUGUUAAAAUUAAAGAAUGUAAAACUGGUGGGUGAGCAACAGACUUAGUUUGUAGAGUGCUUACCAGAUGCUGUCUUCAGCACUGCUUUCUCUUAGUGCUUGCUGUUUUUCAAGGUUUUUCUUCCAUUGGGAGGUGCUAGGGAGAGUCCCAAGUAUUUUGUAAGAUAGCAGUGUAUGUUCCCGUCACAGCUCCUGUAUAGCUUUAUGCCUUUGUCUGCCUUACAGAAGGCAGGCCACUAAAUUAACUUUAAUUUCUAGGGAAAGGCUUUAAGGUUGGAUUGGAUACUAGCUCUGCAUACCAUUUAAGGAGUUAUAUUUGAGUAGUAGUCUCGAUACAGUACCUUGGUCAGUCUGAGGUAAUACAAUAGUAUACUUUUUAAGACCACCUAACUGGGCUAAAAUAAACCCAUUUGUAAUCUACUGUUAUUUAUUAUUUAUAAACUAUGUAAAAAAGUCUGUGGUGAUGAAUUAUAGUAUUUUUUUAUGAUUGAAUAAGGUUUUUUAUGUUCAGUAAUUGCUGGUUGGUUUCUAUUUAAUAUGCAACAUUGUCUGCCAGAAUCAUAAGCUUCCAGUUUUGAAUGUUUGUAAGGUAACACAAAUGCUUUUGUUAUCUAAAAGUACAGCUUUGGAUUUCUGAAAGAAAAUAGCACUGAAUUUAAAGUAAGUGUGCUUUAAAGAUGAGCACAGUCUCUGGCAAUACUGUCUGGCUAAGAAUGGGGCGGGAGCACCAUAUUUUUUCCACUCUAAAGAGGUUUAGUUUCCAAUAGACCUGUCCUACAUAGCAUUUUAUUUUUCAAGUGUUUGUUUUAAAUUGUACUAAGUACCAUAAAUGGCCAAUAGAGGCACUUAUCUGUAUUAUCACUUCACCUGUGGAGCAUUAGUUUCCCUGCCUCAAAUAAAUGUGCAUAUUGUAAAAUAUUGUCCAGUGGUGCCAUUUUUAAAUGAGCUCUACAGUAUUCAAUGUUAAUAUUUGUAUAUGCACAGUGCUAUUUCUUGCAUUUUGGCUUUAACUUAAUUUUUAUCCAUGUUAAUACUUUGCAAAAUGUCAAAACAGCCUUGCAAAGUAUUUAUCAAUAGUCUGUGAAAGUACAACUUAUCAUUGCCCCAGUUUCAUUAUAACAUGUGUUUUAUCGGUCCUGUGACUGACUUAGAAAUCUGCACAAGGGGUAGCAAAACAAUAAAGCUUCUGCAUGCUUUCUUAUAGCUGAGAACACAGCUAUUGCUUGGGGGAUGGGGGGGCUAACGAAUCUCUCUGUACAAGUGUGUAUUCAAGAUGUCUGUUUUUGUUAGUAGUGGGGACUGGCCUCUGUAGAAUGUAAUCUUCAUAAAACAAAUGCACAAC